AUGGAUGAGCUCGAAAAAGCUCCAGAUAGAGUUUCUGACUUAAUUUGUGAUUCCCCAGAUUAUCCAGAAUUAAAAGUUCGAUGGUUUCAUGCAAUUGACAUUCCAUUAUUUGAUCCCUUGUCGAGUACAUCACAAGAUGAAGAUAAGUAUCCAAUUGAAUGGAUACCAUUCUCAAAACGAGAUUCUAACGCAUUAGAAAAUGCAUUUAAAUCUGGGAAAACCAAAGAUAAAAUCCCAGUAAAUGAAGAUUUCUUGUUUGAGGUUGAUAUCGAAGAUCGAGAAAUCAUGCCGGUUUAUUGGUCUGGACCUAUUUAUACGGUAUCGCGUGCAACAUGGUUUUUACAGGAUGAAUCAAAUAAAAUUAUUCCAUGCGAUGAGAACCUAGCAUUACAGAUAGAAAAAGGUUAUAUUGAUCAAGAAGCAUGGGUAGCACCUAUAGAAAUUCUAGGAUCAGAUGGAAAUAUUAAAGUUAUACCAAGGCCCGAAAAAAAAUAUAAUUUUACUGGAAGAUUAGAAUCACAAUAUGUUAUUUACAAUACUCCAACAACUGCUUGGAUGUUAAAGGAUGAUCUAACAGGACAUAUAUCAAAAUCAAUUUUUUCAAGAUUUACCGGCGGAGGAAAUUUAGGAGGUGUAAGAUUAUUUAGAGGAUAUGAAGAAGUUGAGACAUUUACCUCAAAAAAACCAAAUGUAGAUAAAAUUAAUGAUUAUGACGAUGAUACACCUGAAGCAAGAAGGAGAGCAUUGGAAAAAAAGCGACAAUUACAAGAAACCGAAGAUUUUUGUGUUGAAGCGAGCGAAGAGAUUAGAGAGAUUGAUCACUUAAUUUUUGUCAUUCAUGGGGUUGGGCAGAAAAUGUGCGAAAGAUCUGGGUAUACGAAUUUUGUACAUGAGGUGAAUGUUCUCAGAAAAACAUUGAAGCGUACAUAUUCCGCAAAUCCACCACAAGAGUGCAUCGCUAGACUUCCACCAAACUAUGAAAAGAAAAAGUAUUCACAAAUUGGCAAUGGAAUUCAAGUACUCCCUAUCCACUGGAGGCAAGAAAUCAAGUUUGGGAUGGCAUCUGAAGAGGAUGAUACGCAAGGUUUUGAUGGAGAAUGUACGCUUGAUGACUUGACAUUAGAUGGAGUUCCAGGUUUAAGAAUGUUUAUGUCUGACGUAUUAAUGGAUGUUUUGUUAUAUAUGACACCAAAUUAUAGAGAACAAAUGCUACGAACGGUCACCAAAGAAGUGAAUAGGGUAUAUAAUUUAUUCCUGGAACGUAAUCCAGAAUUUAAAGAGAAAGGAAAGGUGUCGAUUUUUGGUCAUUCACUUGGAUCAUUAUUAGCAUUUGAUGUAUUAUGCCAUCAACCACCAUUAUUUAAUUCAUCAAAUGCUAUAUUUGGGAUAUUUGACGAAAGAUCUCAACACAAAGUUAAUGGAAAUGAUGAAAGUGAAGUGAAGAAUUAUGAGGAAGUUGUUAAAUUAGAUUUUCCUGUUUGGAAUUUUUUUGCAGCAGGAUCACCUAUAGGAUUAUUUUUGAUGCUUAAAGGACUUAAAGUCGGUUCUAGAAAGUAUUUGGUGGAUCCCGAGAAUGGAGGUGAAUCAAAUAAUAAAAAGUUCAUGGCUUCAACAUCAAUACCUUAUUGUUACCCUGCAGUAAAGAAUAUAUAUAAUAUAUUUCAUAGAACGGAUCCAAUCGCGUACAGAUUAGAACCGCUUGUAUCUCAUAGAUACGCAAAAUUAGAUCCAGCAUUAAUUCCGUAUAACAAGGGAGGUCUUAAAGCAGUUACAAUAGGAAUAGGCAGAAAGACUACAAAUAUUUUUUCAGCAGUUAAGACGUCUUUAUUAUUUACAAAGAAAUCAAAAACAUCAAGUUCAUCAUCAUCUGCGACAAAUUCGAGGUCAGGUUCAAUGGAUAUUUCAAGGAAAUCGCUAGAUUUGACAAGAAAACAAAGUUCAAAAGUAAAUGAUUCUUCAGAAAUGCCAUCAUUUGAAAACUUAAGUGGAGCAGAUAAACUUAAAAGCCUAAACUCCACAGGUAGAAUUGAUUAUUGUUUGCAAGAAGGUAUAUUAGAUAUUGCUUACAUUACUGCGAUUACCUCGCACCUUAAUUAUUGGUAUGAUAAUGAUGUGGCUUAUUUUAUCUUGAAAGAAGUAUAUGGAAAUAUUUAUGAUGAUGUAGAGGAUGUCUAA